GAGUGGGUUGUCAUGCCAUUUGGCCUCACCAAUGCCCCCGCAACGUUUUAAGCAGCGAUGACGACUGAGUUUCGCGACUUGCUCGAUCGCAGCGUCCUCAUCUACCUUGAUGAUAUCUUGGUUUAUAGUAGGACGUUGGACGAGCACAUCGUACACCUUCGCGUUGUUUUGAAUCGGUUGCGACUAGCCAAGUACAAAGCGAAUCUUGACAAGUGCGAAUUCGCCAGGCAAGAGCUUGAGUACUUGGGCCAUUUUGUCACGCCGAAAGGCAUUCGUCCCUUAGCGGACAAGAUCCAAGCCAUCGUGGAUUGGCCGGAACCCCGUAGCACUACGGAUGUACGCUCUUUCAUGGGUUUGGCUGGAUAUUAUCAGCGAUUCGUCGAGUCAUACUCGAAAGUGGCCGCUCCUUUGUCGAGACUUCAGUCCCCGAAGGUGCCCUUCGAGUUCAACGACGCAGCCCGUGGCGCGUUCACUACGUUGAAGGCAGCGAUGCAAGCCGCACCUGCCCUCCGUAUAUACGACCCCACCCUACCCACCCAAGUGACUACGGACGCUUCGGGAUACGGUAUUGGUGCGGUGUUGGAACAGUGUCACGAGGACGGUUGGCAUCCGGUUGAGUACUUCUCCCAGAAGGUGCCUCUCGUCAACACUCUUGAUGACGCUAGGAAGAAAGAGCUACUCGCGUUUGUCACCGUCCUCAAACGGUGGCGCCACUUUCUUCUCGACUGUCGGCGUUUUAAAUGGAAUACGGAUAACAAUCCGUUGACAUUUUACAAAACGCAGCACACGGUCACUAGUACGAUCGGUCGAUGGAUGUAUUACAUCGACCAGUUCGAUUUUGACCCGUGUCACAUUCCCGGUCCCGCCAAUCGAGCUGCGGACGCCCUCUCACGACGACCCGACUUUUGUGCCAUUGUGACCACGGCAUUCGACCUCGAUGACGAUCUGCAGCAGCAUUUCGUCAAAGGCUACAAGUCCGAUCCGACUUACUCUACGCUUUACGCAGAGCUUUCGUCGGAUCAACCGCCGGCUAGCCAUUAUCGGAUCUCCGACGGGUUCCUUCUCCUUCACACGAGAGGAAAGGACUUGUUAGUGGUCCCCCAAGAUCGAAUCUUACGGACUCGUCUUCUCGGCGAAUUCCACGAUGCACGACUUUCGGCACACCUGGGCGUGAACUGCACACUCGCACGCCUCCGCCGGCGUUUUCACUGGCCCGACGUCCUUCACGACGUCACGAGGUACAUUGAGUCAUGUGCAGUUUGCCACCGUAACAAGGGUCGAUCUCGAGUCCCCUUCGGCGAACUGAAACCGUUGCCAAUCCCUCGGGCACCACGCCUCUCCAUUGCUAUGGACGUGACAGGCCCGUUUCCCCGCGAUCGCCACGGCCAUUACGGUAUUCUCACGGUCGUUGACCGUUUGAUUCGCCGAGUUCCCCCACCGCGUAUCAGUGUAAUCAUUCCUGUCUACAAUGCAGGCUCAGAUUUACCAGCAACAGUUGAGAGCGUUAUGAACCAGACUAGCAAGGAUUGGGAGAUAAUCAUGGUGGAUGACGGUAGCACGGACAACUCAAGGCAGGUGAUGGACAAACUUGUCAGGCAAUAUGCACAUGCGCACAACAGGGAAUUUCGGAUUGUGGAAAAGAGAAAUGGGGGCCUGGCAGAUGCUCGUAAUGCAGGGAUUGCGGUGGCGCGCGCCAAGUGGGUUUUCCCUCUGGAUGCAGAUGACUUGAUCAAACCGGAUUUCUUCGAAAAGGCGCUGGCCAUUAUAGACUCUGACGAUGACGUCAAUCUGGUGAUUGCAGACUUGAAGGGAUUUGGAGAGUGGGAGUACUCAUGGAGACUCCCAGAGUAUAACCCAGAAGACCUCAGGUAUACCAACAUGUUCCAUUGUUCGGCGGUUUUCAAGAAAAGUUUAUGGAGUACUGUUGGCGGGUACCCAACCACAACUCUAUUUGGAUAUGAAGACUGGGCAUUCUGGAUUGCUGCAGAGGAAGAAGUUGGGAUCGAGCCUCGAUACAUAAGGGAGGAUCUGUUUCUCUACCGGAUGAGUCACAACUCCAUGCAUCAGACGUUGCUCUCUUAUCAGGAAUUCAGUAUGGCAUCUCUUAGAAUGCUGUAUCCAGCCCUUUUCCCUCUUGAGUUGAUAUUAGCAGCACAUGAGAAGUUCUUCGAUCCUCCUGAAAGAGUGAUGAGACUAAUAAAUGACAAAGUAACGAAGUUCCCUAGUCAUCACAUUCCAUAUCUCAUGAGAGGGCUGGCUCGAGAAGCCAAGGCCAAGGAUGAUGCGUCAUACGACGGGUCUCAUUUGGAGGACGCUCUGGACGAUUACAAAAAGGCUGUGAAAUUUUCCCCUUACGAUGAAUGGCAGCCGAAGUGGAGGCUAGGGUUACUCCUGCUGCAAAUGGGGAAGACAAGUCAGGGUUUCUCCAUGCUUCAAACUCUGCUAAAGGACUUUGAAAACCUGGAAAUAUUCUACGAAAUGAUGGUAACGAGGGCUCUAAGAUCUUCCACUUACCGAGCCAGCAAAUCUGGUCAUAGCGUUUGGUCAGGUUCGGAAGAAGACGAAGAAGAGAGCUUAUUAGAGGUCCGCCAAGAACUGUGAUCGGAUCAUUGAAAUGAUCGUACAAACGGUACGAUAAAAAAAGGAAUGCGUGCAACCACAGUCACAAAACCAAAAGAUUCAGAAAUGAAAUGAAAUCAUCCUUCAAUC